CGAGCCGGGGCCGGGCCGGAGCCUCGGGCCCGGGGCCCCGGGUGGCGUUAAUGUUCGGGGCCGCCGGGCGCCAGACGAUCGGAGCUCGGGCCGCGGGGAACAGCUGGCAUUUCAGUCGAACAAUGGAGGAACUGGUUCAUGAUCUCGUCUCAGCACUGGAGGAAAGUUCAGAACAAGCCAGAGGGGGAUUUGCAGACACCGGAGACCAUUCUCGCAGUGUUUCCUGUCUUUUGAAACGCCAGGCGAGGAAACGGAGAGGGAGAAAGAGACGAUCUUAUAACACCCAUCACCCCUGGGAGACAGGCCACUGUUUAAGCGACGGUUCCGAUUCCAGCUUGGAAGAACCGAGCAAGGAUUAUCGAGAGAGCCACGGUAAUAAUAAAAAAGACCACAGUGACUCAGAUGACCAGAUGUUAGUGGCAAAGCGCAGGCCUUCGUCAAACCUGAAUAACGCUCGAGGCAAGAGACCCUUGUGGCACGAGUCCGAGCUCGCUGUGGACAACUUAGGGAACAGAACUCUACGAAGGAGGAGAAAAGUAAAACGCAUGGCGAUAGAUCUGCCGUCGGAGGCCUCUAACACGCUGACGCUGAGUCAGCAACAUGACAACGGCAGAGAUCAGGAAAUGGACAAUGACAGUAAAUCGUACCAACAUCAAGAGUUUAUCAAGAGCAAAGUGAAGAAAAGGAAACUGGCCCCGGCGAAACCAGGAGUGGAGAUCCUGGAUGAGGGAGUCGUCAUAGAAAAUGAAGAAGUGACCCAGACCAGUAAGGACAAAAUGGAAUAUGAAGAGCAGAAAGGCUCAGAUGAGAACAUGAGCGAAAGCGAAUCCAGCAGCCUCAGCAGUACUGAUGCUGGUUUGUUUACCAAUGAUGAAGGAAGACAAGGUGAUGAUGAGCAGAGCGACUGGUUCUACGAAAAAGAAUCUGGCGGGGCCUGUGGCAUCACUGGAGUGGUCCCCUGGUGGGAGCAGGAAGAUCCCUCAGAACUGGAUAAAGAACUGCCAGAUCCGGUCUUUGAGAGUAUCUUAAGUGGCUCUUUUCCGCUAAUGACACACUCUGGCAGAAGAGGUUUCCAAGCUAGACUCAGUCACCUUCAAGGAAUGCCUUCAAAGGCCGGCAAAAAAGCUCCAGGAAACCCUUCUGCAAAGGCUGCAAACUGGACCAGUGAGAUUCCCCUAUAAACCAAAUCUUCUAUUGCUAUUAUAUUAGUUACCGUUUUGAACAUCUGGGGAAUGGCAUUCGAGGGAACCUGGUUCCUGUCCUCUUACCUGGAGGAAUAUCCCUGGAGUGAGAACCUGUCUGUUGGAAAGAUGGGGAUGUUUUUUGCUGGAGGACUGCUAUGCUUCCCUUUUAGUCAGAAAUUAUCCUGAUCGGGAAGGGAGUUUUGGAAGCCAAUGUAAAUCACUAUACAUACACACUCUCUCUCUCUCUGUCUCUCACGUUCACUCACACACACACGUACAUAUUUCCCACUUUACUUUGAAAAUAAAAGCGUUCCUGUCCUUUUAAUGGCCAAGCCCCCUCCAAGACCCGGGAUACUAAGAACACUCAGGCCAGACCCAGAUAUUUCCUAAUAUUUGUUACGAAUGGUUAGAACAAAUUGACAGUUUUAAGGGUAUAGAGAAAAUGUGAAGGCAGAGUAUAAAAAUGGGUAUGUUAAAAAAGCACCCCUGGAAGUUCCCUUGACAUUUAUGUUUCAUUGCUAGAACCAAAGUCAAAGUACAUAGCAGUGUAUUUUACAUGAGCUACGAAAUGCAUCAGCCCAGAAGACCAAGGUUCAUAUGUUACAGCCUAAGGGGAUGGAUGAUAUAUCUUUAGCUCAGACUUCACUAAGAGCCACUACGCCUUUUUGAAUAAUUUUAAUUACACUUUCAAGAAAGUUGAAGUUCUAGACUGAUGGGACGGUAAAACCACACUGGCCGAUCCAUGAAACGUAACUUAGGCAGCACCUGCUUGAGCUGUACUCAGCAAGCCAAAGCCAGCCCUUUCCGUCAGAGCUGAAUCAACUCCUUUUGAAGUGGGACGUGAGGAAGCGUUCGAAACGAACAAAAUGGAUGAACCCAACUACAGGCUAUUAGAAUCUAACUGAAAACUUUCUGUACGAUAGAGCCAUGUGGAAUUCUGUGCCUGAGAGCAGCUGCGUCUACUCUAUGUUAUUUCCUCUUCCGAAAUGCCAGGAAUAAGUCGAAUCUAAAAAGUUGGGUGCACUUACAGGAUUUGGGGGGCAGAAUAAAACUCUGCCUUCAGAAUUGUAAUAGGGAUGGGAAGGAAACUAGAUAGAGAAAUAUUCCAGUGUUCGAUUGUCUCAGCUGAGCUGCGAAUGACUCUCCCCUGGGAACGGCGUUGUCAGUCAGGGUUUUAUGUAGGGUGAUCCUUUCUAGCAAGUUUUCCCUCAGGGGUUACCUACAAAAAACCGUACAAUUUUUUUCUGACAGGAAAGUUCGAUUCUUGGCCGUACAGUCAGAGAGCUCCCACUGUACACAGGGCACUUUAUCGGUAGAGUCUUUGUAAUUUAAUGAAAGAAUAAUCCUUUCUACAUUGUGUGUGUAUGUGUGUAUAUAUAAGAGUCAUGUACAUUAGAAAAACUGUGUCUUGAAGCUUUCUUGGGCCCUGUUGAUUUGGUCUUUGACAUGUUUUUGAACUGUUGCCUAAAAUAUGGCUUGACUGAGAACCUGUGAAAAGUUACUGAUACCUUAUAACAUUUUGCAUUUCUAACUGUAAUGCUUUGAGUGUUGUUUUGUGUAAGAAAUCGACAAAAAGAAGAGAUUCUUUUUUAAAGUGCCAUUUCAGCGAGGGAAUGAAACGGAUUCUUGUAGCCUCCCUUAUAGAGGAUAAGACCUAUGGUAGCCCCCAAAUCCUCUGUUCCAUAAAUGGUACUGUGGUUAAAAUCGUAUUUAAAGCGGCUCAUUUGAGUAUUCCUGUUAGCGUGUCACUGGAAAUGUCUAAUGUGGAAAGUCACUCAGUAAGUGAAAAAUUGUAUUAAUUAGUUUGAUAGUGUAUAUUUGAUAUUGUAUAUUUUUUGCCAUUGUUUAUACCGGUGUGUCAAAUGAACCAUAGUACUGUAAAGCUGAACUUAUUUAACAUUCUUAAGUGCCAAUAGUCAAUGCGAUCUCAUUUUUAUAUGUAUAUUUUUAUAUCAUUGUAUAGAAACAUUGUUAACAUUCAUCACUUAAAGGGCCAACUUCAGUUAAAAAUGGAAAAGAAAUUCAAGGUUGAAACUGCAUUUUAAUUUCAAGCUGAAAACGUUCCGUAAAUACAGCGUUCAAAAAUAUGUAAUUAUUUUCUCUUCUCAAGAGUUUGUAGAAGCAGUGUAAAUCAGUAACUAAAACGUAAAGUCGCCCCAUACGGCCUUGAAUUUCUUUGUAUUUACUCAAGUUGGACUUUUCAUGAGAAAUUUUAGUGUUUUUGAUAUUUCUAGAUACAGUAAUGUAUUGUUUGGAAACUGCACGCUGAUUUGUAUAGUAUUCUAUGUGCUGUAGCCUGGAAAUUCAGAUGAUUUCUCUUGAAUUAUAUAGAAAAAAAAACUUGUGUAAUUUUUUUUCAGAACUUUUAAUGAGACACCGUAGACCUUGGCCCAUGAACUUUACUUUAGCAAUUAUGAAUCUGAUGAAUGCUAUCUAGUUCUUCGUUUCAGUUCCACCUAUUUUUAUUUUUGGUUCACUGCUUGCUUGAGCAUAGCUGGGAUUUGUAGCCCAUUUUCUAGGCUUAUUUCAAUCUCACUCUGGUAUUUUAUAGGAGCUAUUAACAACUGAUAGGUUAGCUUCAUGGCAUUGAUGAUACAUGGCUUAACCAGACUAAAAGCUGCCUUUCCCCUCUAAAUUGUAAAAAGGUGAUUAAUUCUGACCUGAUGGAGAUAAACUGCGUAAGUGCGUAUACAGUGAGACUCGUGUUUUAGGAUACAAUUGUUUCUUUCUCCGGGUUUUGAUUUAAAAUUUUACUUAAGAUGAGGCCUCCUUCGCUUCUCUCUUUGUACCCUCUCCUGCUCAGUCUGAAAAUGUCCCUUUCUAGUUGUUAAUUUCUCUAAUGGUCUUUUGUAGUAAAGUGGCUAGCCUGUGCAAGGAAGGCAAUCAUUCAGAUUUUUAUAAUAUUAAUUUCUCCAUACGGUCCCUUGAAUUAUCUUCUGCUCAGAUUUUGGGUAUGUGUAUCAAUAACUAAUUAAAGAGAACAUGUUUUAAAGCAAAUGUACAUAAUGAUGUUUUGUAAACGGAACUUCUGACAUCUUAAAAUAAGGAUCAGAGAGAAGUUAGAAUGUUUUUAGAAAUGAAAAUGAAUGUGCUCCGCUCAGUUCAUUGAACUGAGUAUACUGGUGACAUAGUUACAUCCAUUUUAUUGUACCAAGUUUGAUGGUUAAACUAGAAAAAUGAUCCAGGUUCUGUAAAAAAAGGGAGCAGGGAAGUCAAAUCUGCACUUGGAUGUUGACGUAAAAUAAAAAUACAGCAUUUAAAAACUGUUUUAGUCGGGGAGAAGAAAUUGUAACGGUGGGCGUGUUAAACAACCUUUGAACUGGAGUAGAGGUUGGUUGUGUCAGGGUCCGAAGUAUUUGACUUAUUUUGACUUAUAAAUCAGUCUGCCUAA